GUAGUUUUUCUAUGGAUAUUUUCCAAGUGUAAACAGAUAGCAAUUUUUUUAAAUCGUUACUUUCAGAUUCUUCACUUAGCUCUGUUACCUUGCUUCUCGGUGGUUUGCUUUAUCUUGCACACAGUGCAUUUGUUUGGGAAGGAAUUUGAUUCAGGAUUUCUAUUCCACUGGCUUACAUAUGCCACAGCGUACGUAUCUCCAGAUCCGAAACAAUAACAACAACAAAGAAGCGCCUACAUUUCCUUCUAUUUGCUGGCUUGCCAAUAAUAAGAAGUCCCUGCAGAGGGGAGCUUGGCUGGUGGUGUUUUGUGAUUUCUCAGAUAACAAGAGCUUCACAUUUCUGUGGAAUUCCCAUUUGCCAGCGAGCUGCUGCUGCCGCUGCCCUGAUUGAUAUAUGACUGCAAUGGCACUUUUCCAUUUGACAUUCCCUCUCUCUCUCUCUCCCCCUCUCCCUCGCUCUCUUAAACAACAGCUCUAACUUUUGUGUGUUGCAAAUAUAAAAGGCAAGCCAUGUGACAGAGGGACAGAAGAACAAAAGCAUUUGGAAGUAACAGGACCUCUUUUUAGCUCUCCGAAGAGUUUGAGGGGAGGAAGGAGCAGUGCAUUUUCCAAAGUCUGCUUACAAUCACAGGUGUUCAUCUCCUGAAAUAUUAAAAGAUUUAGCGAAGCCUCACAGCAGAAAAUGAUGUGCAGAAGUUUCUCUCAACUACCAUCAGUGUGAUUGACGUUUCUGACGGCUCAGAGGAGAUUCUUUGACGGAUUACAAUCUCAGCAAACUCCAACUCGAGAAGAAGAAUGACAGCUAAGAGACUUAAACCAGACUUUUCAGAGUCCUGGAAAGGAACUGGCUGCCAGUAUUUGGAGUUUUUUUAAUACUCUAUCUCCCUCUGCUGUUAUCAGCGAGAAGUUCCUCGACAAUGGGAAAUCAUGUACUUGCGGCUUCGAUUUCCAUGCUCUCGCUCCUGGCAGUGAUGGGAGACGCGGACAGUAAAACAGACAGUUCCUUCAUGAUCGACUCCGACCCCAGCCGCUGUAUGAGGCAUCACUACGUCGACUCCAUCAGCCACCCACUGUACAAGUGUAGUUCGAAGAUGGUGCUGCUGGCUCGCUGCGAAGGGCGCUGCAGCCAGACGUCACGCUCGGAGCCGAUGGUUUCUUUCAGCACCGUCCUGAAGCAGCCUUUCCGCUCCACCUGCCACUGCUGCCGGCCCCAGACCUCCAAGCUGAAGGCCAUGCGGUUGCGAUGCUCGGGGGGCAUGCGGCUCACUGCCACCUACCGCUACAUCCUCUCCUGCCACUGCGAGGAGUGCAACUCUUAGGGACGUACCUGCCACAGCAGUGGGGGGACCGCGAUGCUGCUGUCAGGGAAGGCUCCCAAGAAGUCACCCUAGGUGAGGUCGACGCUCCCAGCGUACGAUUGCAGCGAGGACAGGACUGACCAGGCUGGAUUGGAUCUGAGAGCUGAAGCGUAAAAUAUCCUGGGGCCCUGGAUGGUGCCGGUACUGAAUUGUGGGCUGUGACAAAGGCAAAAGCACGAAGACUUGUUUUUAAGAAACCUUUCUUUCUUCUGAAAGGAUAUUUUUGUGAGUUUCUUCUUUUUCAGGCUCAAGUCUGACUACAGAGAGGUGUUUUUACUUUAGGCAGAGGGCAGCAGGGGAAAAGACAGGAAGGUCAGCUGGAUGACAGCACUGCGCUCUGGGAGCUGGCGUUCGGACAGAGGAUGGGCAUCAGUUCCCACAUACGACCUCUUAACCUAUCAAUUUAUUCUCAGUCUCCUAGCUAUAUUGGCCUUCAAAACAAACUGUGUUGUUGGUGAGGGUUAUCUGUUACUGAUCUAGCAGGCAAGUGCUGGAUAACUUUGACUGUGGUUUAGCAGAAAUUACAAAUAAAUCAUUGAAAAGUGAACUGGAUGUGAAAUGUAGCGCUGGGACUACCAGCCCUAGCCAGCUGAAGUGAUUAUUUGCAGCGAGCAGCAUCACAGUUCAGUGGCUUCUGAGAAGUGAAAGGUCAUGAGACUCAUUCUUCCCCUCUAAAAGCCUGGAAAUGUGACACACCACAUCUGUCGCAAAAGCCAUUAUUCAAACACUAAAAACUAAUCAAAGAUUAAAAUGACAUUUGCUAAAUGCAGUCUUUUCUUAACUUGGGUAGACCUGUUGAUGCACAGAGCCAGAGCCACCAGAAUAAUGACCAAACCUAGGACUUAUUUUCACCUAUGGCUUUGAGGUCAUUGAGUGAAUACCAUUUUGUCUUUAAAGACAGGCAAUCCCAGAUGCAGAGGAAUCACACUGACACGCCUGUAGGAAGUUUAAGGCAGAGUCUAAAUCCCAGCAUUAUCCACUGGUCCUGGUUGACUCACGAUCCAGCUUGGCAGCUGCUCGGGGAAUCGCAUGGCUCUUGGCUGGGCCAUACGCCCAUGCAUCCUUUGUGCACGCACAAGGAUGUAGGAGGCUGUGGCAGGGUUAUCACGAGCCCAGACCUCACCCAUCAGUGAAGCUGUAUCACAGCCAGGGACUCAGAGUGGGAUGGGGACAGCACUGCAGGGUCCUGCAGAGCAGGUCUAGACAGCGCUUCUCUGUAAGAAGCAAGUGAGACCAUGAGCUGCUUUCACCUGUAGGACCGUUGCACAAACAAAUGCCCCGAGGAGCUGAGUGAAUUGCAGUGACUGAUAGGGUGAAAGGAUCUCAAAAUAACAAAGGAUGCCAAGUUUCAGAAUGGUAUUUGUAGAGAAACUCUGUCCCUCUUCCAUUGACAUGAGGUUUUAGGAAGGGUCAGUCAUAGUUUCUUGCGACUGUAAGGAAACAACUUAACUUAUUACAGCUCUUAUCUCCUUAAAUGGCAGUAUAUUCAGUCAGUCAGCAAUAUGUUUGUGACGUUCAUAUAAACCUGGGUAAGACUUUUUUUGAUAGAAGUCAUGAAAGUUUUGGGAGCAUCUUUGCUGUGUAAGGAUUCAGUCAGUGCAGUUUCUACCCCUCGGUAGCCCCCAUGUGCAUAAUCCCACAGUUAUUCUCUGGAACAAUGUCUGGUGGGGCUCCAUGGUACAGAGGGGAAGUCCUCUCCAGGCCCAGUGUUCGGUCCCUCUGUGCAGCGCCAUCCAGUCUGUCUGCAGCAAAUGCCAUACGCAGCAGCUCGGGGAUGCACACCGAUGUUGCAGGGGAUCCCCAAGGUCUGCCAGGGAGGGCAGUUGUCCUCUGGUCUACACAGGAGUUACUGCGGCUGCUUGGGCAAAGCCAAAUUCCUUUGUCGCUGCCUCCUCAUGGCGAAUAUGUAUAGGAUGUGAAGGCAGGCAGGUGACGGACACUGGGCUUGCAAGCCAAAUCCUGGAGCAGGAUGGCAGUCAGUAGUGGAAAGUGAAGAGGGACAAGUACACCCACAGACACCAGUUAGAGAGGUUUGUGACACAUGGGAAGGACAGUCUCUGUCUUCCGGAGAUGACUUGGAGAUGGCCAGUUUUCAACAACUCAGAGCUGUGGGCAAAGAAGAGGGGGAAUCAAACUGUUAGAGUCUGAGCAGCUCAGAUUAAAAUGUCAAAAUCAGGAGUGAUGAGCCCCAGUGAGCUCAUAAGACACUACACCUGAUUUCAGCACUGUCAGUCAUUCUUUUCACAAACGAUCCAUGGUCUGAACAUCAAAGGGUGAGCGAAGGGAGUGCGAGCUGGGCACUAUCACCAGACUACUUUAUAUGAAAGAUCAUGCAUGCAUCCCUUUUCCACUCUCUUUAAACUUCCAGCAUGUUAUCCAAAAAAGCACCGCACCCUUCCAUUAAUUAUAUAUGGAAAAUUCUAGUCCGUAUCUGAAACAUCAGCAAUACCUUCGAUAACCAAAUAACUGUAGUGUAAAAUAUGCGUGACAUCUAAGUGUGGCUAUAGAGCCUGCUGCACGCAAGCAAUGCUAUGCACUUAUCUAAAGAAUGGGGAAUGUUUGAAGCAUAACUGCUAUAUCCAUCAUCACCUCCCCCAUGGGUCGUGCUGUCACUGGCCUCCUUUGCCAGUGCAAAAUGGGAUGCUGGGGGGCUGUGACAAAAUUCGGGUGACAAUUUGCAGCACUCCUGCAUGGCUGCGAGUGGCUCUGCUGGCUGAACAGGACAUGGCAGAGCAGUGUGGCCCCAAUCGCGAUCCUCUGGUAAAGGGAGAGGAGAGGUCUGAGCAGAGACUAUGCCUGAGCUGAUUUAGAAAAAAGAGAAUAUUUAUAGUGAGAGAAGAGCUUGGCUGGUGUUUAUUCCCACAUCCCCUUGCUAUCACAGUGCCAGAGCUAUAACUGCUCAAAUCGGUCUCACAGAAGAUAUUCGUGUUUCGACAAAAGCUUUUUUUUUUCCCCACUCACACCCCAAAUUCCUUCCACUUUUGCUCGGUUCCUCUAAUGAAAUCAUCGCCUUGUAACCGCAAAGGCUGUUGCCAGGCAUAAAUGUUGAGGUGAAUUCAACAUUUUCUAAUUUAACUGUUGAGUUGAAUAAAUGCAUGGAAGGAAUAUAAUAGCAAUUAAGAAGGACAAGGCAAAACAUACUUGUAAAUAGCUAGAACUGGAUAUUAAACAAUGAAUCAAACUUUCAAAUUCUCCUUUUAGUUUUGUCAGGCAACCUUCAUAUUAACAUUUAAGAAAAGGAGGAGCUAUUCUUCAAAACCAAAUGCCCCAAAGUCUGUUAUAAAUCCAUUUUUUGAUACUUUUUAAUCAGUAUUUUAGGCAACUAAGUACUGAAUGAAGCACACAAGUGCUACUUAUGUUAAAAUUCAGGAGGCAUACUGAAGCAAAAGAAAGUAAGGCUUCAGGUAAAACUACAGGAUUUGGCUCAUGGUGUGAGAGAGUCUAAAUGGUGCUUGGAGGUGAAACGGCUUCCUGAUUUCUUAGCUUGACACCACUCUGGAUACUUAAGCUCUGUUUUUCAAGUCAGACUACCAUUGUAAGCUUCUUAAAUUGAACAAUAGGCAGGGCAAUGUCUAGUUGUCCAGAUAAUAUUGUGGGGCUUUUUUUUUUUUUUUUGCUAAAGCAUCCAGUUGCUGAGACUCAAAUGAGACAGCUUUCUCCUUUUUUGCCCUCACUGCACCUCACUCUUCCGGCACUGUCUUCCCUCACGGAAAGGCUGGUUCAGCCGUGGCCAUCCUGUGGUUUGCUCAAGAUGAGAUGUGAUACAGAAUUUUUUCUGUGACCACCCUAUACCCUCUUUUCUUUUGAUAAAGUUUUUGAGUCCAGCUUGGCUUACUUUUGAAAGCCACCCGUGCCAGCAGUGGUGGUGUUACUUUUCAUCUGGAGUGAUUGCACUCAUGGAGACCAGAGGGAAACACUAGACCUUUGCUGGUACCCUUUGCUCGUAAGAAAAGUCUUACAAUGCCACUGCAUUUUGUGCCUAUCAGAAAUAAUCUGUGAUUUGCCAGAGGAAAAGAGCCCAAGACCUAGCAAAUUUUAAUUAUUCUGCUCCUAGCUGCAGUGGGUCUGUUAAGCGCUUAAAGCUGCAUAGGCAGAAAAUCAGUUUGCUGCUUCAAGCCUCUUAUGAAUCUUUAAACUGAAGAACUCACUGCUUUCUUGGGGAUGUCCCCACUGACUUUCCUUACACCUCACUUUGCCCUCUGAGCUUGGAGAACUUCUACCAGACAAUUGAUCCUGAGCCUGGCUGUCUCCUGGUGGCCUUUAUCAGGGCUUUUGUAAGCUACUGCCACAGCGCUCAUGGCAGUAUCGGAGAGGUGACGCUCAGUGGCAUCCAUGGUACGCCACAGCCUGUGCUGGGCCUGUGCAUGAGACCAAUUCACCAAGUCCCUGCAGAUCUACCAUGAAGCCCUGAAACUCAAACGAGAAUGUGUAGACUGCAGUCAGAAUAUUUUUGUGAAAGAGAAGAAAAAUAAAAGAUGAGAGGUUACUGUAUCAUAGGAAUAGUCUCAUGCUCUGCUGCUUUCUGUGUCUCACCUCAGUUCUGAGGAUCUGAUAUGAGAAAAGAGAUGCUCUUGAGCUCCCUUUUGUGGCGAGUGGUUUUUUUAGUGCCUAGUCCUACAUGUUUAAAGACAGUGGUUUCUUACUGAAUUUACCUGAAACACGAUUAAACCCUCUAGAGAACACACUUCUGCUUAGCAAGGAAUUUUUCCUCUGACUUGGGACAUAAGUAUUUUUGAAAAAAUCAAAAUGCCAUUAAAAAGAUCAGGGAGAGUGUUCCUUACUUUUAUGACUCUGUAGUUUUUUAAAAUAGAAGGGCCAUAGAAAAAGAAAAAAAAAGAUUAUAUCCAGGGUAAAAGUGACUAACAGCCUUCUAAGAUACAGCAGUAUAGCGUUACUUAUUAGCAUUAUAGCUAACAGAUAUUGAGACAGAUACUCCUACAAAAAAGUGCAGGAGGCUGUGUUGGAAAGUAGCAGCCCAGUAAUUUUGCUGUGUUGCACAUGUGCAAAUAAGCUGGUUGGAAAUCCAAAUAAUGAGUCUAUCCCUUUUAUUUUGCAAGCAAGGGGUUACAAUCGUUAUUUAUGCUGCAAAAGAGAGAGGACAGGUAACCACUGGUCUGUAAACUAUCUUAGCAAGCAGACUAAUGCACUGAAAAUGGUCCUUGGUAGUUCUAUGGUAUGAAGAAGAUUCUUUACAUCCGUCAAGACACAAAAGAUCAGAAUUCACUAAUGAGAAUAAGUAAUCUUGUUUGGCCUCUACUAAGAAUGCAUAUUUCAAAAAGUUUUGUUUUGGCUUCUUUUUUUUUUUUUUUUUUUUUAAUAGACCAUUUGGGAGUGGUCUAGGAAUCACAAAUAUGUAUGAAAAGACAAAAGGACAUCUAUCAUUUGUCCAAGUAAGAAUGAAUACUUCCUUUAGAUGCUGACCAACAGUACAGUCCAUUAAAACAAAAUUUUAAAAGCAGUUAAUAUCAUUCCCAAGUAAUCUAUAUAUAUUUAUCUCAUAUUUUUUCUAGGAAGAAUUAAAGAGCUAAUUCUGAGUUAGAGCUAUUUUCAUUUGGAUGCACAAUUGCUAUUCCAAGCUCUGCAUGGAUCUCAAGACUUCAUAGCACAAAAUCUAAUGGAGGUUAGCACUGUUGUGUAGUAUAGACAAUCACUGUAUAAAAAAGAGGAUUAAUCUGGGGAGCAGCAGUAAGUGGUGUGCCAGGAUUCAUCUCCCCCAGAUCCCACCCAAAGCACUAGAGACUUUCUCUUGCUGGGUCUAGUUCUGCCUCAAAAGGAUUGAUACUCAGGAGGGGAGGUGGAAGGCCCUGUCCCCUGCAAGUAUCAAUAGCCAGCUCUGUAACAGACGGGGGUCAAAUCCCCUGUUUGAGUGGAGGAAGGCCUGGAAUCAGUCUCCACUCUCUCAGGUGAGCGUGCUGCCAUGCAAGAGCUGUGCAAAAAGGAGGUGGUACAACCACUGAAGUGGUUGUCACUAAACACAGUGCAGUCUUGGUGAGCUAAGCACGCUCUGAGCAUCAGCAGAACGAUGAGGCUGCUCUUUCGAUUUGAGUUUCCUGUACGCUAAAUGACCUCACGCAGAUGCAAAUUCCCAGGUAGUCCCUGCAGGAAAGGCAGAGGUAACUUCUGCUGGUCACAGAGGCUUCUGUCUGAAACUCUGAGGCUGGAAAUGUCCCAGGCAGUGUCUGACUGUAUUAGAAAUUAGAUAUGUGGAAUUCACACAGAUAGUAUUGAAAAGCCAUUGAAAAUAUUUCAAGUACUGAAAUGAUGUGCUUACCACCUGCUUUGCUCUUUGAGAAUGAAAGAAAAAUGUUUUGCAGAAGUCAAACAUUCACAAGGGCAAUCAGCCCCAUAGCUUUAGUAAGGAGCAGUUUAGUACUAUUAGAAGUAAUAACUCUUGAUCUUUUUGUUAUAUUUUUGUGUAUAUAUAUAUGUACAUAUAUGCACAAAACAAGGCUGUAUUUCACAGACAUCUCUCCUCAGCCUCACAGCCUUCUAUCACUCCCUGAGGCCCUGGGAGCUGGAGAGGAGCAAAGACCUCUCCUAGACCCUUUCCACUGCUCUUGGAAAGCAGUUAUGUUUCACCCCCGUUCGCGAGAUGGACAAAAUUUAGCAAGCAGGUGACUUGAAUGACUCAUCAUUCUCCUGAAGUGAAACAUCACAGUGGGCAUCCAAAUCUAUCCAUAGAUGCAGCAGAGGAUGCUUGGGGGAACUAAGUCACCAUGUUCUACACUUUGAUGAAAUGACAGUAAGGGAUUUUCUUCACCUAAAGAGAUCCCAUAGUUAAUACUUAAUUGGAUAAGCACUAAAUUAAUUCUGAGUGGGAUUUUUCAAAGGUGCUCAGCAUUGACUCAACUCUACUUUUAUUCACACCAAAGGAGAACAAUCAGUAGCUUCAGUGAGAACAAACCCCGGCCAGCACCACGAAGUGUCCUGCCUGCGGGUGAUGGGGGAGGGAAGAGAGGGAGGAGCCAGUUCUGCGAUACACCUGCUCAGGAUAUUGCCAGUUCUCAGCAUCAGAUGUUCACAAGUCAGCUGCCCUUAACUGAGGAAAAUGUGGAAUUAUGCUCAUUUAAAUUUUCUUCAUCCCUUUCUCCUGCCCUGCUCCUCCUCGCCCACCCUGCACCUCUGCUACGUGGGAACAAUUGUGCUGCUGGGAUCCAGCUGCUAAUGUCAGACACAUCUCCAUGUUGUCGCAUACAGAGCUUGGCCAAACACUCCCAGUAACUGGGAUGCUGGGAGAAGAAACCUGUAACCUGCUGCAGCAAGACUGUGCAGACUUAAACCAAUUCUAAUUUUAUAUGAGCUACAUAUGUUCAAAUAUUACCACUCCAGGGACUAGAGUUAGUACUGCCUUGCAUAUUUCAUUCCCUUUGAAGAGCAAGAGAGUCCCUGCACUGGGAGAACCCAUCCCCUUACUUCCUAAUUUCUCCCAUGUUGCUUCUUUGUUUAUGCUUGCUUCUGCCUUUAAGGCCUUGAGCAAUGAGGAGUCGGUAGUCCACUUCUCUUCCUCUGUACUGUCCUAUUUGGAAACAGGCUCGGGGGGGGGGAAAUACAUCAAUCAUCCUCCUCUAUAUUGAAGACUUCUUUCCUCUUUUGCAUCUUGUUUCGAAGAUUGAAUGAUGUGCUGGUUCUGGCUUUUCAUCUGCAGGCACUGUAGAGUCUGGGACAUUGGGGCUAUCUAUUUUGUGACCUGAUGUUGGAAACUCCCUAAUGACUACUUUGUGGGGUUUUUUUUCCCUUAAACUGUAAUGAUAGAUACAGGUACAUGUGUAUGUUUAUAUGCACACACACAUACAUGCACAGAGAGAGAGACAGAAAGACAGGGAGGGUGAGGCUGUGUUUACCCUAGGGUGGGAAAAGCUAUAGUUUCUAGCCUCGACUUGGAUAAUCACAGCUUUGUGGGAAAUGAUUUAUACUACAGUCUGUCAGGGAGAUGUAAAAGAGAAACAUACAGAGACACACACAAAUCUACCUUUAUAUAUUCAUAAAUAUAUUUUAUGCAUUUAAACCUCAAUAGUGCCUUUGCUGUCAGACAAAAUAACUGCACAAAUGAUCUUGAACGCGGUAAAACAACAGGCGAUAAAUACGAAAUGACGCCAGGUCAGGCAGCACACCAGGCUGCAAUGGAGGCAAAGGGCAUUCCUGACUCUGCUCCUACAUUUUGCUGAGUAAUCUACGCUUUUCCCUGGAAGUGGAGGACAGCGUGAUGCUCAGGCAUGACGACAUCCCUGCGGAUCCCUCCUCCCUUCCCGGGAGAGAGCUGGGGCCGAGCCUUUAGGUGGAGCUCACGUACCGCCGCUCCUGGGAAGAGCAGCGCGGCGGCUCCCGCCGGUCACGGCUGACCCGGCCCAGACCUGCGAGGGCAGAGCCAGGAAAGCAGAGUUAGUCUCCUGAUUUUCACAGCUCGGGUUAACAGCCAGGUUCCUCACAAGCUGGAAAAUGUUUUCUUUCCAAAGCUGUUUGAAGAUGACUUUUGUCCUGCUUACACAGUGUUGACUAGUGCAUACAGGGCAUAAAGCUGCUAGUGGCUCCACCUUGGCUAGGCUGCGUUGCCGGGGCUGGAGGUGGUGUGUGCACCCAGCUACCAUUGCAGGAUGAAUAUGGUAUCAGAGACUCUCUGUGUAGGUCCACACAGCCAGGGAAGUGCCCUUCAGGUCUAACUCGCAUCCCAGUCUAAGAGGAUCCAUGGACCUUCAGAAACCAUAGACUCACAGAAUGCUUUGGGUUGGAAGGGACCUCAAAGCCCAUCUAGUUCCAACCCCCCUGCCAGGGGCAGGGACACCCGCCACUAGACCAGGUUGCCCAAAGCCCCAUCCAACCUGGCCUUGAACACUUCCAGGGAUGGGGCAUCCACAGCUUCUCUGGGCAACCUGUUCCAGUGCCUCACCACCCUCCGAAUGAGACGUAGUAUGGCCCAGGGGCACCCGACAAUGGAUGCAGUUGGCACAUUUUGCUGCAUGGCAGCAGAAUUCUGUGUUGGGUUGUGGGAUGGGGAGAGCAGUGCAGAAGCUGUGUGACUGGGAGGAGGGCCAUUGCACAAGUGAAAUGCAGUGGAAAGCACAAAGAAGCAGGCUUCUGUGCAAGUUUUGUGCUCAGCAAGGGAAAUUUGGUAGGUUUGCACCAACCGCAAAAUGUGUGGUUCCCACAUGCAUGGCAGCCCGGAGAAUAGGCAGAAAUAAGUGGAAGAAAGCUUUAUGCUAGCAGCAAACCCCAAAUCAGUGGACUGCAAUUAAGUCACAUGUCAGGGCUUGCAAUGUUGUCUAACAAAACCAGGCUUGUAAAAGCUGUGUUUAUUUCACACUGUAAAAGUGAUACCAGGCAUCACUAGCAGGGCGCCCUCUGUGUCAGCACAGGAUGAAGAACGUGAGUGUCCUGGAGAGCACCAGGGGAUAGUUCCAGACAGCAGAAAGGGACAGGAACGGUCCUUAAACCUGCAAAAUCACUGCAUUCCACUUUUCCUAUUACACAUGAAGCUGCCAGUAAUAUCACACUAUACUCAAGGAAGAGCCUGACAUAACCCCAAAUCUUGCCCACCAUGCUUUUACACUCGGAAGCCUCCUGGGAUGAACAGAUGUUUGGGACAGCAAACUUGUACAAAAGCAGUAUGUCCUGCUGCCAGCUGUGGGAUGGUGAGGAUCUUGCAUGGAUAUCAAAGAGGAAUCAGGAGGUGACCAAAUGCCCUGUUGAAGCCCUAGCAGUGAAUGGAAAGGUUAGAUUUGUAACAACUGCUUCUAGCUUGCUGCCCCAGGGCUGAACUAAAAAGUUUGGUGGGUAGAGCAAGCCUGGGCUGCGGGGUCAGCGUGUAGAUGGGCUCUCCCUGUGCUGCAGCCAGAGUGGUGAUGUGUGUUAACAACAGAGUUGCUCUAACACUCUUGUCAUUUCAUGACAUUUCAUGAAAUACCAUGACUAUGAGCUCUUGCUCCUUCUUGCACUUAGCGUAAGUUGAAAUGAGGUUUGGUCAGUGACAAACAAGGUUGAUAUUGCCAGUCUAUAACAACUUCAGUCAGGAGAGUCUGUCUUACAGCAUCUGAGUCUGUGCAGCUGGGGCAACUAAAGGGGAGGCAAAGUUCAGAUAUUCAGUUAGCAGCCAAGGCUUUUAAAGAGCAGAUUUUGUCAUCCACCUUCAGCUUCAUACUUAGAUGGUAUUUAAGUCUUUACAGCUGAGAAUCAGUGACAGGUAGAAGAGGAGAUGUAAAGUGAUGCCUCCGAGGAAGGACUGCUACAAAGGAGAGUACAGAAGGGCAAGAGGCAUUUUGAAAAACAAAACAAAACCUAAAUCCAAACUAGAUAGGCUCGGUAAUUCUGCAGCCUGCAGAGCUACUUUUCUUUCUAACUUCAGUGCUUGCUCAUUUCAGCUGGAUUCUCAUAAAUUCCUGUUCUUUUUUUCUACUUGUGCAAGAAAAAUACCCUGAUGGUUGUGAGUAUCUGUAAAAUAGCAAAUUUUUUGGUGAGCUGUUUUCCAGGCAAAACUUCAUCAGCUGAAACUAUGUCUGUAUCAAAAAUCAUUCCCCAUUUUGUGACCUCUCAGCAUUAUCCAAAUCUCCCUCUCAUGUAUGUGAUAAGAAGUUUUAAAAGGAAAUCAAGUUAUAAAGGAAACAAAUUUUAGCAGCAUUGCUGUUGCAUGCUUCUCCUUAUGUUAUUACUUUAUUUUCCUCCCCACACAAAAAAAGGACAAUUUUCACUCAAAGAGCCCAGAUUCAGGUGUAACUACACAGCAGCUGUGGAGAUCAAUAGGAGUCACACUGAUGCUCUUAACAUAGUCUCUCUAGUGAUAUUCUCAUAAAUAAAAUGAGGAAACACGGUCUAGAUGGAAUUUGUGAGAGGUGAGUAAACAACUACUCUCAGAGAGUAGCUACUAGUAAACACUGUCAAAAUGGGAGAUUACAUCAGUUGGGACCCUUUGUAUUUUCACUGAUGACCGAAAUGAUGGAAUAGAGAGGAUGCUCACUGUAUUUGCACGUGGCAUUAAGCGGGAGGGACUGCAAAUACAAAUCAAUACUCAAAGCAAUCCUGACAAAUUGAAGGUACUGUCUAAAGUAAACAGAAGGGAGACCUGAAAGAUGCAGCAGACAGGACAGAAUCAUCAGCUGUACAAAUACAAGCCUUCACCAGGAGGAGGUAGGGGGGUUAUGGUGGGUCAAUAACAUCCUGUUGUUAUGAGAAAGCUAAAUGUGAUACUGGGUGGCACCAUGAGGUACCUGAAGCAAUCCUUCCACAUUAUCGUUAGUGAAGCUUCAGCUGGAAUAGUGUGAUCAGUUUUGAGCUCAACAAAGAUGUUCAUCAACUAGAGGAGAGAAAUUCAAAUAAUCAGAGGGCAUGAAAACAUUGCCUAUAAGAAAGAAUUGAAGGAAGUGGGUUGUAUAACCUAGAGAAGGCUGAGGGAAAAUCUGCUGAAAAUAUUAAAAUAUGCAAAAACCUGCUGCAAGGAUUAAAUUCCUAAUACCCAUAAUGAAAAGACAUUCUUACGCAGAAGACAAUGAAGGACUGGAAAUAAUUGCAGAAGGUGGCCGUUAAGACAUAUCCUUAGGUGUCUUUAAGAACAGUUUAGAUAAAUGUUUAGGUAUAGUCAAUUGUACCUCGAGAUGGUGCAGUGAAUUAGAUGAUCUCCUCAGGUCUCUUUCCAUGUCCCAGUGUGUAACAGUGCCUCACGACCAUUUUGUCAUAAUAUCUUUCUCUUGGGUAACUUUAUGAUGUGUGACCCCUCAGGAAAGAGUUAAAAAAUUGUGCCACUAAACUAAGCAAAGGAGGUCAAGGCAUUUGUCCUCGUUACAGGGGCUGCCACAGAGAAAUUAUGUCAAAGUGAUUCUCUGGUCCGGAAGCACAAAAGGAGAGUCAUUUGCAAGCUCCUGUCGAAACUGAGCUAAACAGACAGCAGAGCUGCAACGGUUAGAAAAAGUAAAUAUACCGUGAAUUUGUUUCACGUAACGGGGCAGGCUGCAGAGGCCUGGCAACAUUUGGCUUGUUAAAGUGUAGGCUAAGGGAGCCCAUUUGUUCUGACUGUUCUUUGGCAAGAGGGAAUCUAGCUUUAGCUUGCAGCUAUGAGCGUGAGCUCUCUGUGCCUGCUGCAGAUGCUUGUAGAGCUGAGGUAGAUUUAACCCAAAGUCUUGAACCUACCUCUGCAUCUGCUUUUACCCGCCCCCCCCCCCCAAUUUUUUCUCUCCAAGAAUGACUUUAUUCUGUUCCUCCUGGUUUACAUUUUCUACUCUUGUUCUUGUUUAUACUCUGCACUUUCCAAUGACCUUAAAACGCUUGUCACAUAGCCAGGAGGCUUAGAAAUCUCUUGAGGCUUGAAGUCAGGUCCUUGGCAUAGCCAGUAUCAACAUUAAUCCACACUCACUAUAAUGCUCCAGCAAUAAACAGAUAUGCUACUGGUCUAAAGUACAGUGUCAAGACCGUUAGAAAUAAGAUAUCCUAGUUUUGAAUAAAGGAACAGAGAGGCCUAGGCUUUAUAGCCAUGAAGGUAUAUAGGUAAGGGGAUGGCCAAAAGGCAGGGAAAAAGGUGUUUUGAAAUCUCAGAAAACAGCCCAAGAGAAAAUAUUUAGAGAGGAGAAUGUAGUGGUGAGGCAUAGGGAUAUGACUUGUAACUACAGUGCAAAAGAAGACGUGAAUGCUGGUUCCGUAGAGAACAGGGACAUGGAGCUACACUGACUCUCAGGGCAGUCGUCUCCUGGGAGUCUCUGCUAACAGCAAAGAGCAAAGGUUAAGUGAAGAUGCGUGCGGAACCUCAGCCUUUCCCUGAGCAAGCUUUGCGGUGUGUACGCCUUUGCUAAAGGGCUACAGCUCUGAGAUCCCCGUUCAGGAGGCUCCUGGGCAGCUCUGCUGACUUCUCGUAGCACAGUAUCACUUUUUAUCUUUUUCUCCUUUUCUCCACCCUCCACCUCCCCAAGCCCAGCUGAAGAGGGAGUUAUGUGUGUGUAUUCCCUGCUUUCCUAACUACUUAUCUGUGCUCUUGGAACAGCUGACUUUCAACUGAGGCAACAUUAAAAUGCCCUCCUCUGAAUUCAAAGACAAGCUAACAGGGAAAAAAACCCCCAACAAUUUAUUUGAAGAUUACUUCAUCUGUAAUCUGUCUUGAAAUCACUAAGGUUAUGAACCUUCUGGAGAAGUAUACACCAGCCUGUAGAAUGCUUUGCCUCUAUCUCGUUUAAUUGCCAUGGCCUUUUCAAAUGCCAGCACUGAAAAUUUUUUUGUACUGAGAUCUAAGUACAGGACAUGUGUUCAGGCUCUGAGGCAUCAUAGGACUACAGUAAUAAUCAGAACAUAAUUUUUAAUUGUAUUCUGAGGUGUCAUUCUGAUUUUGCUGGAUUAUGAAUCGUUGUUGAGCAUCAGACAAAUCUACCAAAGUUAGACACAUAGAGGAAAAAAUAACCUUAUUGCUGAUAAAACUUGAGAUUUUCCAUUUUGCUGCUGCAUACAUUUAAACCAGGUUGUUCUAUCAUUUUCAUUAUAAAUAAAACCAGCUUCUCUGUCUCCUGGCAGGCAACAUAUGUGCUUCUCCCCUCCCUCCCUCUCCCUCUGGGACUGAUGCUUUGAUGGGAGCAUGAUUAGAUAUUGGAAAAAGAAGAGGAAUCUUGCUAGAACAGAACCAAUGUCAAGAGAAUGUAAUAAAAGACCACAUUGUUCACAUGAAAGGGAACAAACAAGUACUUCAUAACAUAGCUGAGACUCAUCACCUUUUUGCUUGCCUAUUCAAAAGCAAAUAGUAACAAUACCGUUUGUCUUACACUGAACACAGAUCAAAAUGCUAACAAGAUGAAAUAGCUAUCAAAUAAUGAUGCCUGUGAUACAAAUUGCUAAUCUUAUGAUAUUCCUCUUCAGUUUUUUUUUGUUACAAAUAUUUACAAAGAAUUCCUCUUGUAGAACACUAAUAAUGUUGAAAUACAACUAAAACUGCUACAGUCUAUGACUAAUAUUAGUACAGGAUAGGAUGGGACUAAUGUUAACUGCAGAAU